AUGGACCUUUUAAAGCUGGCAAAACCUUUGACCUUCAACAAGUCAGUUCAGUUGGCCUGUUUGGCUGAUCCCGAUGUUCUUGAAUCCCAUUAUGUGCGUGUCGUGAUUAAAUACGGAAGUACCAAUCCGUAUACACCUGUUAUUAAUUGGAUAUCUGAAAUCCAAGAUAUAUGGGUCAAAAUCCUGAUGCAGUUGUGUUUAUACGGAUCAUGGAGAUUCCAACAGCAACGGAAGUCCAUUGGUCUGAAGAAACUCCAGACUUCAGUGGACACAGGAUGCUCGACUUAUGAUGGUGAUGGUGAAAGUUUGAAAAAAGCAUUGGAUGCUCUAACCAGUUACUUAGUAAAGUUAUCAGAGAAUAUGGAGUUCCUGCAAGAACUUUAA